AUGGAUUAUCCUCCCAUGAUGCUUCCCAAGACUUGUGCAAUGCUUCCUGUAGCUCGUCUAGUGGUGCCUCCUGCGUUGCUUCCUGUUGGUUCUCCUGUGGUGCCUCCUGCGUUGCUUCCUGUUGGUUAUUCUGUGGUGCCUCCGGCAAUUCCUCCAGUUCCACCUCCAUCUUCUCCUAUAUUGCCUUCUUUUACCGGAGUUUCGCGCCUUCUCCUGUCAGAUCUAUUAAUCACGUUCGAAAUACCUCCAAGAUACCAUUCCAAUCCAGACCAGCUUACGUUUGACAAACGCUUGGAAAUCGUCGGCAAGGACAAGCUGGAUUCCAUCCUUGAAGACCAACUGGCAGGUGCCAUCCGAUUCCCUGUGAUUGAAGGCUUGGCACGGCAGAGACGGAUCGUCCUUUGCGCAUGCGGUCUCGCAUUCCUCAAAGCUGGUAGUGAUAUCCGUUGA